AUGGUGGUAGGGCAGAACAGAACGACGGGCUCUGGCUGCUGGGAUUUGGAGCCAAACAGUCUGGAUCACACGCCUGAGAGUGUAGAGAUGUUCGACAACUCCCACUACCCCUUCAACUGCUUCAACUACGACGGGGACGGAUAUCCUUCUUCCAGCACCGAUGAAGAGAAGAAGAUCUGUAGGCCCGCUUACAGCUACAUAGCUCUGAUAGCCAUGGCCAUCCAGCAGAGUCCCGAGCAGCGGGUCACUUUGUCGGGCAUCUACGAGUUCAUCAUGAAGAGGUUCCCUUAUUACCGCUCCAAUCAGAGAGCCUGGCAGAACUCCAUCAGGCACAACCUGUCACUCAACAGCUGCUUCAUAAAGGUUCCCCGAACAGAGGGCAAUGAGAAAGGAAAGGGAAACUACUGGACUUUUGCCACCGGUUGUGAAUCCAUGCUCGAUCUGUUUGAAAACGGCAACUUUCGGCGUCGCAGGCGUCGCAGGAACAUGAAAAUUGGCCUCCGGGACACGCGAGAGACUUCCCUCCAUCCGCUGGAGAGCCACGGCAACCCCCACGCCCCCUCGGUCCGGCCCCCCCACGAGCUGGACUCCCCCCUCUGCCCCCUGAACCCCGACCGGCCUAGACCGGGCCCCCAGCAGAACCCCUUCGUCCCUAACGAUGUCCAGCAGGGCAAGCCGGAGUCAGAGAUUAAGUUCAGCAUUGACUACAUCCUCUCCACUCCGGACCCGCUCCUGCCCGGUUUCAGGUCCACUCACGGCCCCCCACAGAUGCUGCCCACGGGGCCACCGCUCCACGUUCUGGAGUCCCAACACCUCAACCUGCACUUCUGGACUCUCUGA